GACACGCAUGGCCCUGGGGCUCCAGAAAGUCAGCUGCUCACCAGACAUCUCAUCAUGCAUCAACUAUUCAGACUGGUUCUGGGGCAAAAAGAUCUUUCGAGAGCUGGGGACCUCUUCUCCUUAGAUGACUUUGAGAUUGAAGAUAGCCUGACAGAAGCUUUGGAGCAAAUUCAAAUAAUUAGCUCAUCUUCAGAUUACCAAACCAAUAACAAUGACCAGGCAGUGGUUGAAGUCUGCAUCGCUCGAAUCACAGCUGCAAUCAGAGAGACGGAGUCAAUUGAAAGGCAUGCGAAGGCGCUGGUGGGCCUCUGGGACUCCUGCUUGGAACACAACCUGAGAUCUUCCGGGAGAGACGAAGACACUCCCCAUGCCAAAAUCGCCUCCGAUAUCAUGAGUUGCAUUUUACAGAAUUACAACAGGCCUCCAGUGAUGGCAUUGGCCAUCCCCACGGCAGUGAAAUUCCUCCACAGAGGCAACAGAGAACUUUGCAGGAACAUGUCCAACUACCUGUCGUUGGCUGCGAUCACCAGGACGGAGCUGCUGGCCGAUCACACGGAGGCCAUAGUGAAGAGCAUACUGCAAGGUAACACCAUUUUGUUGCGUGUAUUACCUGCCGUGUAUGAAAAGCAGCCGCAGCCAAUUAACAGACACCUGACAGACCUCCUGGUCUUGAUGUCUCAGCUGGAACAACAAGAACAGUACCACCUUCUUCAGCUUUUGCAUGUUGCCGCGAAAAGAAGGCAACCAGAGAUGGUUCAGAAGUGUAUUCCCUUCUUAAUCGUACAUCUGAAAGAUUCAACCCAUAGCGAUGUCAUCUUAAACAUCCUUAUAGAGAUAGCAGGCUAUGAACCAGCGGCUUUGAACAGCUUUCUUCCGAUACUGAAGGAGAUUGGUGAGCGGUUCCCUUACCUCAUUGGACAGAUGGCGAGGAUCUAUGGAGCUGUGGGGCGCGUGGAUGAAGAGAUCGCCAGGAGCUGCCUGACUUACCUAGUGAGCCAGCUGGUCAAUAUGGAGCAUUCGUUUCACCACAUUCUCCUGCUGGAGAUCAAGAGCAUCACCGACACCUUCUCCUCCAUCCUGGGUCCUCAGAGCAGAGACAUCUUCCGCAUGAGCAACAGCUUCCUCACCAUCGCCCGACUUCUCACCCGCCAACUGGAAAACUCCCAGGCUGGACGCGGCAGGAGAAAAACUAGCACUGAAGUGGAAUCUUCUAGGAAGCUAGAAGAAACCAAGUUUGCUGUAGCUGAAAAUGGUGAUGAUGAAAAGCUUCAGGUUAAAAUACAAGCAUUUGAAGAGAAAAUAAAUGCUGACAGCAACACCCCAACAUCUAUCAGGAGAUACAGUUUGGGCCAAGUUUCUAAGGAAGAAAGAAAAGACAUUAGAUUUAACAGGUCAAAAAGUCUAGCUUUGCACACUGUGCUAAUGAAGAGUGUGAGCUCAGAUGACGGGCAAGAAGAGAAGCCUGGAAAUAUGCAAGUCAGCAUCUCUCUCUCAGAUAUAGGCCUGUUUUGCCAAGAAAACGACAACUUGGCUGUGAAGGCAGAAACUGACAGACCUCAGCUGGAAAGCUCCUCCGCUUCACACCCAAGUAUUAUACAUAUAGAAUCAGAACAUUUUCCAGAAACAGUUACAGAAAGCUUCCAAGGAGCUCCAGCAACUGCGGCAAGUCCUGAAGAAUACCAUGAUAAGCUCUAUUUAUAUUUAAAGGAAAACCUCAGUAAAGUGAAAGCAUAUGCCAUGGAACUCAGAAAGAAGAUUCCAGUUCCUGAUCAGUGCACCAUUGAAGAUACCGUUAAAAGUUGUGUAGCAAAGUUGUUCUUCACCUGCACCCUGAAGGGCCAUUACUGCCUGUACAGUAAGUCCAGUUUUGUUUUAACCAGCCAGGAACCUCAGCCGUGGAUCCACAUCAUGUUUCUGCUGCAGCAGGGCCUGCUUCCAGAGCCCCUGUCCAUGCACAGUCCUUCUGUGCAGUUUCUCCGAGCACUGUGGAUGAAGACCCAAGCAGAGGGUGCUCAAAGCUUUGAAACAGCUAUAAUGGAGUCCACUUUUCCACAUCAGAAGGAUCUGGACCAGGUACAGCUCCAUCUGGAGGAAGUGAGGUUCUUUGAUGUGUUUGGCUUCAGUGAAACGGCAGGAGCGUGGCAGUGCUUCAUGUGCAACAACCCGGAAAAAGCAACCGUUGUAAAUCAAGAUGGCCAGCCUCUCAUAGAAGGAAAACUCAAAGAGAAGCAAGUCAGAUGGAAGUUCAUCAAAAGGUGGAAAACUCGCUAUUUUACCCUGGCUGGAAAUCAACUUCAGUUUCAAAAAGGAAAGUCUAAAGACGAUCCUGAUGACUGCCCCAUCGAACUCAGCAAAGUGCAGAGCGUGAAAGUGGUGGCCAAGAAGCGCAGGGACCGCUCUCUCCCCCGGGCCUUCGAAAUCUUCACAGAGAGCAAAACAUAUGUUUUCAAGGCCAAGGAUGAGAAGAAUGCGGAAGAAUGGCUCCAGUGCAUCAACGUAGCAGUUGCCCAAGCAAAGGAGAGAGAAAGUGGAGAAGUAACCACCUACCUGUAG